CUUUCAAAUAUUGUUAUCCCUUGAGUUCGCAAAGUGUUUGUGUCAUCAUAUUUUGUCGAAGGUGCACAUAACUAGUAGCACGUACUUUGUAAACUUUGAAUAGUCAUGAACAAUAACACCCGCAACAUGAAACCUUUAGCUUGGGGUGUUUCGUCUUGGUAACCUCUCUAGCGUCAUUAGCAACCUCGUCUAAUCUUUUAUACACCUGUAAAUUCGCACACACACAAAAGUAUUUCAAUAAAAUUGGUAAAUUCUAAGACAGAAAGCUAGUCAGAUCGAGCACUACUUUCCGAGCUGACUAAAUUGUCGCUUGACACGCCGGUUUUAUGUACAGUAUUGUAACUGCGUCCUGCCCACGAACAGCGCACGUCUGGUGGAGUUUAAUGCGGUAAGCGGUGAGGUCACAACGGUGUACCGAGGAGGAAAAGAAAACUUCAGGAAAGUGGGGCACAAACGUUGAUCUUCGCUGCCGACAGGACAAAUAAAACGUACAUCUCCACCGGCCAAAAAGGAAAAAAGUUGACAAAGUCGAAGGUUCUCUUAUAUUCUCAUUAACCCAAAUGUAUUACAGCAGACCUACGCUUGUCUCCAACUGGCACCAGAAUCGAGAGGCUGAACCUAAAGACUAUGACUUGACAGUCUGCUCUGAAGGAAAAAAAAAUUUACUUCGAUCUACUUACAAAAAUCUCGGACGUUGUGGCAACACUGACUGGAGCACCACAACGGAAGGACAGCUGUCUCAAUGCCAUUUAAAGAAGGAUUAUGAGAUAAGAGAGACUCCCAAACCACUUGUAAAGGCAGACAAUUUUAAUUCUGCAUACUUCGAAAGGGAGACACGGAGACCUAAAACAGGUUUCAGUGAAGUUUUGCCACGUCACCAGGCUGGUCACAAUAAGAUAGAUAUGGACACUACGUAUGCACUGGACUACCUCCCUCCAUACAGCUACAGCACACAGUCUUGUGUAGGAGACCAGGCUGAGUGCUCUGCUGCCUACAGGAGGUGCCAGUCCCAGUUCACUGACACAGCAGACUAUCGCCGACAGGGCCGCAACACCUGGCAGGACGAAAGUGGGGUUUAUGGCAACAGCCACAUCAGGAGAAGGGUCUUUCCUCUGAGCCAUCCCAUAACUCCCCAUAUCUUAUAACCUCCUCCAGUUCAGAUUGCAGAUUUAACCAAAAUUAUGGUUUCAGUGCUAGUUGAAGUUCUUUUAAUUUUUGGAAAAUUUUAACACUGAGAUGAGAGCAACUAUAAAGCAUCUGUUGAAAAUA